CGCUCGCGUUCAUUCGUGAUCGAGUCUUCGAUUGCGCACUUUUUACAAGUUUCUACUUAGCCUGUUAGGCCAAAAUAUACUUAAGGUUCCAACCAUGAAAGAGAGCACAAGUUUCAGCGUACAAGAACAUACCAGUGCAGCAUGUGUUUUGAUAAAUGGAUCGACAUUUUCCGAGAACCCGACAAGGGACGUUUUGGUCGGCGAAUCACCAGAAUUCAAAACUUCCAAGUUAUUUUUGUAUUUCAUCAUUUUAGCGUUCAGUUCACUUGGCAAUGGACUAGUCUUUUGUUUAAUUUCCUGCAAUCGCCGGCUUCGUCAAGCUUCGUCGAACAGGUUGUUGUUAAAUCUGAGUGCUUGCGAUUUUCUAACGCCAUUAUUGAGCAUCCCGUUCGAUUUAGCUCUGGAGGAACGCAGUUACGUGUGGCCUUACGGCGCGAUAAUGUGUCGAAUGUUGUGGCCAGCAACGACAUUUACAGCUACAGCCUCUGCCUUAACCUUGGCGGGCAUUUCUUUAGACAGAUUCCGCCUUCUAAUGCACCCCUUUACCCCGCGUCUUACGAAAAGACAGAUAACCUUUCUCAUCUCAAGCGUUCACAUUCUGUCAGCGGUUGUAGUGGUACCCUAUGUCAUCGUCUUAAAACUUGAAGAUCACAAUUGUGGGGAAGCAUGGCCAAACUUCACCUCCAGACAAGCCUAUACGGUAAUCUUGUUCCUGGUACAGUACGCAUUGCCUCUCAGCUUUAUGACAGCCAUGUACACAUUGGCGUUGACGAAACUAUAUAACGUGACCAGUAACACGACUAAGAUGCGCUCAAGGGGAGAAAUACACCGAGAUCGCGAGAGCAACAACAGCACAGAGAGAGGUAGGGGAGUGGUUCGGAAGAUAAGCUCUCGCGUGGCUACGAGCAUGAGGCGUGGUUUCGAGGUGGAGUCGAAUGUACGGGUGACAAAACUUUUCAUCGUUAUUGUUGCAAUUUUCGCCGUCUUUAUGCUGCCCAACCAGGUACUCUGGUUAUGGUCAGAUUUUGGCGGAGGACACACGCACCAGGAUUUGAACUCAAUUAAGAUUAUCUGUUGGCUUUUCACGUACACUAAUUGUGUUUGCAAUCCUGUUAUUUUUAUGAUAUUUUGUAAGGAAUUUCGAGCAGAGUUAGCAAAGAUUCCAAAGAAACUGUGUCCAAACGGUCCCAGACCCCAGCUCAGCCUAUCGCGGUCGAGUGGGCCUCCAACCCAGUGUAUACCAAUGAUAGAAUGCGUUUCCUCACCAAACCAUUACCAGUCCCUAGACGAUAAAUGACUUGAAGGAAAACACACCAUGAUCGACGUGUAAAGCAGUUCGACUGUGAAAUACGAAUUGAUGAUAUUAGCAAAUUCUUAGAUUCUUGAGAUUUCAACAUUGUGGUUUUAGACUGCAUCAGUCUGACAAGUUGAUGACAAAGUGAAAAUUUCCCUCGUGGGUCUGUUGAUAGUAGACUGGGAAAAGGUGAGAGAAAGUAAAUCCCAGUAAACUACCGUUUUUUCAACAAUCAUCUAACUCAGAACAUGUGAAUAGUCACAUAAAACUACUUCAUGAUACAUCAAGGCCAUUCAGGAAGAUACAUCCUUUUCAAAUAAACAUAAUAACAACGUAAAA